AUGUGCAUCGGCAUCACUGGUGUGCGCACGGUGGACGUGCAGGCGGUGGAGGGCAUGGUGGCGCAGUUCCCCUGCGACCUGGGCACGGCCGCCAACGACAAGGUCUACAUGGUGUUCUGGUUCCGCGACGAUGCCGGCAUACCGCUCUACAGCUUCGACGUGCGCGGCAAGCACCUGUCGGAGGCUCGGCACUGGUCGGCGCCGGAGGUGUUCGGGCCGCGCGCGCACUUCUCCACGGCGCCGCCGCCCGCCGCGCUGCUCGUGCGGGACGUCAAGCGCCGCGACGAGGGCGUCUACCGCUGCCGCGUCGACUUCCGCAACACGCAGACCACCAGCUUCCGAUACAACCUCACUGUCGUCGUGCCCCCAGAGAAGCCGGUGGUGGUGGACCGCUGGGGCAAGGUGAUCAACACCACGACCCUGGGCCCGCACGAGGAGGGCCAGGAUGUACUAUUAACGUGCAGAGUGCUUGGAGGCCGUCCCGAGCCAUCAGUGCGGUGGCUCGUCAACGGCGUGCUGGUGGACGAGGAGUACGAGCACAACACCGGUGACGUCAUCGAGAACCGGCUGCUGUGGCCGGCCAUCCGGCGCGCCGACUACGCCGCCGUGUUCACGUGCCAGGCCGCCAACUCGCACCUCGUGCCGCCCAAGGAGCUGUCGCUGGUGCUCGACAUGUUCCUGAGACCACUGACAGUGGAAAUAAAGAAGCCCAUAGAGAUCGGCGAGGGCGGAGUCCUAACAGCCGAGCGGCGCUACGAGGUGACGUGCGAGUCGGCCGGCAGCCGGCCGCCCGCCGUCAUCACGUGGCACAAGGGCAAGCGGCUGCUGAAGAGAAUCACGCAUGAUCUGAGUAUUGAUUUCGGUGGCGAUUGCUGGAAUGGAGCCAAAGAGAACGCAAUGCUAUCCAUAACAUUGCAUGCAAAAGUGACUGCUCCUCCAGUUGUGACUUCUGACGGGUCAGUGCAGCCCACCGGCUCCGUAUCGCGUUGUUUUGAUGCACAGCCUAGAAUAUUGAUCCCCGUGGCGAUCGCUGGAUUGCGGCCAAGAAGAAUGCAAUGA